AUGGAAGCUUCGGGCGUAGGCCACUUCUUCCAUGAAUUGGCCAAGGAGAAGCGCGAGGGCACAGAGGGCACAGAGCAUCUCAAGUCAAAGACUGAUUGCGGGGUUACACUCUUCCAGGGUGUGCAGAAGCUGUCUCAAGAUGAAUGGGGUACAACCCCGGUUGCCAUAGAAGCUGCAUUGACCCUCAAGAAGAACCUGAACCAGGCCCUCUUGAUUCUGUAUGCCCUGGGUUCUGCCCACACAGGCCCUCAUCUCUGUGACUUCUUGGAAAGCCACUUCCUGGAUAAGCAGGUGAAGCUCAUCAAUAAGAUGGGCAACCACUUAACCAACCUCCCUAGGCUAGCAGGGUCUCAACCAGCACAGACUGGCAUGCACCAGGUAUCUCUGGGCGAGUAUCUCUUUGAGAGUCUCACUCUCAAGCACAACUAG